GGAUUCGAAGGUGGACGGAGACCUGGGUGGAAACGAUCACAAAAUGCUAGCCUUCGAGAUCCUAAGGAACAGAAGAAACUAAGAUGGCAAGAGCCGAAAAAGUGAACUUUUAGAAAAAACGAUUUUUGACAAGCUUGGGGCACCAGCAGGAAGGAGCCAGUGCGAAGGCGGGACCCGAUGAGACCAAGAAGCCUGGGAAGGGGAUUGCAGAUGUGGAAAAAAAGCCGGGCUCAAGUAAUGAAGAAGAAGACCCGGCUAUCAGAGUGAACUACAAGCUGAAACCCGCCUGGAUUUUCCACCCAGAGGAAACCCAGGGAGCAGAGCCUUCGCCGGAGCACGGAGCGAGCCGCUCCCUUGGACCACUGGGCAGGAGGCCUCCUUCCCCACCCACGGGCACCGAGCAGCCUCCGCUGGAACAAGCUGGGAGGAUGCCAGGGGAGCACCACCGAUUCUGAAGAUGCCCAGGCCAUGACAGGCGCCGAAGGGAAAGGAGACAGCAUCUGGAACGGCAAGUCUUCCCAGCACCCCCGCCCCACCACCAAAAACAUCGCUCUGUCACCUCCUCUCCUCCUCCGGCCUUCCAGUAGCCAAGCGCCGUCCCAACCUGGAUCUUGAUUUUCCUGCCCAGGAAAGAAUUGGACCCGGACACGAUGGUCGUGCAGGGCAGCAUGGACCCUGGGGAUCCCCGGAGAGGGGUGUUGUUGGAGCCUUUUAUCCAUCAGGUGGGAGGGCACAUGAGCAUGAUGAAGUAUGACGAGCACACGGUCUGCAAGCCCCUCGUCAGCCAGGAGCAGUGGUUCUACGAGUCGCUGCCCUCCGCCAUGAAGCAGUUCACCCCUCAGUACAAAGGGACCAUCUCCGUCCACCUGCAGAAGGAUAGCAGGGGGCAUCUCAGCCUGAUCGCCAACCCCCUGAAAGAGAACCGAGGGCCCUACGAUGCCGUCUCCCCAGAGCCAGCAGUUUCCAUAUGGCAGAAGCUCAAGAAGACGACCAGCAGUAGCACUGACCAUGCUCUCGUCCAGUGGAACCACGGUCAGCUGACACACACCAUCCAGGACAGCUGUCCGAGCAAGGCACUGCUGAGAACAGAAUUCCACUUCCGUGCAGAUGUCGCCUCGUUCAGAGAAGAUGCAAAUGGGAACCAGGCAGAGAAGAAAAGCUUCAACCCCUGGGGCCUGCACUGCCACAGAGUGCAUCUGACCCGCAUGUACUCCGAAUACCAAGAGAACAAACUGCACCGGUUCCUGUUGCUUGAAAACGUGGUGUCCAGAUACAAAUACCCUUGCAUUCUGGACCUGAAAAUGGGGACGAGGCAGCAUGGGGAUGAUGCCUCCGAGGAGAAGAAAGCACGCCACAUAAAGAAGUGUGAACAGAGCACUUCAGCCUCGCUCGGAGUUCGCAUUUGUGGAAUGCAGGUUUACCAAGCUGACACGAAGCACUUCCUCUGCAAGGAUAAAUAUUACGGCCGAAAGCUCUCCGUCGACGGGUUCAGACAGGCCCUCUACCAGUUCCUGCACAACGGCACCUGCCUCCAGACGGCCUUCCUGAAACCCAUCCUCUCACAACUGGAGGAGCUCCUCUCCGUCAUCAAGACCCAGAGCUCUUACCGGUUCUACUCCAGUUCCCUCCUCAUCAUCUACGAAGGGCAGGAUCCCCCCGAGAGGACCCCCCGGAGCUGUUUGCCGAAGACCAACUGCCCCCCGCCCCGUGCCCCCGGCCAAGUAGACGUGCGCAUGAUAGACUUCGCUCACACGACCUUCAAGGGCUCCCAGUGCAACAAAACCGCCGACGACGGACCCGACCCCGGCUACAUCUUCGGCCUGGAAAACCUGAUCCAGAUUCUAAGGGAUAUCGCGGAAGGCAAAUGACCGGGAUGAAGAACUGGAACUCUGCUCGGGCGUCAACUCCGCCGAGGGACCUACAUUAGGCUGCGCAACCCCUGUUAGCUUGGGAAUCACCACACUGGCCCUGGAGGGAGGAUUUCAAAGAGAGGGCGAGUAGCAGCAAAGGGCAGGACGGGAUAAGUGCCCCUGAAAAAGCCCAACGGAUGCCAAACUGAGCUGCCGGGGCAGAGUUUAAAUGGGAUGAGCUCCUAGGUCUCGAGUGGCCAGGGCAGUCGUGCCCGGACCACCCCAGACCCAAACCAAAGGGGCCCAUUUCCAAAUGUCAACACUCUUCAACUUCAGCGUGAGUCCACCACCAUUCUGAACCUUGAGUCCUGAGCGGGAGUGGGCUGAUUCUGUCUGACACGGACGGCAUGCAGAUUCACGCCUUGAUCCGGGCAGGGCGGAGACAGGGACAUUUUGACGUCCGGCUAGACCUUAUGUCUUUUUCUUUUCCUUUUCUGUUUCUUUUUUUCUUUCGGAGAGAGGAAUGCUGGUGAAAUGUUUACAAGACUGGUGGACACAGGUCACUGAAGCACCAACAGUUCUAACGAAUUCCUUUCUGGGCCGGGCAGAAACCGUUUAAGGAAUCUUUGACUCAAGACCAGAACUAGGCAAGCAAAUUAGGCGAAGAAAUUUGUUAAUAAAACUGCCCAGGUCAUCGAGGCUGUCCAGGCCUUUGGGCAGAAUUCCUGGCAGCUCCAUCGCUCUCUCCAGCUGCACUGAGCUUUUUAAUCUGCACGGGAAAGGGCAGGAAGCAGGCUAAUAAAACA